CUGAAAAUUCUAAAUUUUUUGGCUGUGGAUUUGAGGUUUUGGACGAAGACAUAGGAGAAAUUGUAUGGAUUCAUCUGAGUUUUCCUCGAGAAAUUCUGUCGAGCAGGAAGAGACUUCUAAAUUUGUGGAAAGAGAGGUGAUGGCGCCUGAAUGGACAGACGAGAAACACUGCUUGUUUCUCAAGUCUAUGGAAUCAACAUUCAUCAACCAGCUAUACAAGUCAAUAGAGAUGUUUGGUUUGCAGUCUCAUACGAGCUCUGCAUCGCGAUCAAAACCUCUCAAGCAAAAGCAGACGUGCACCCGAACUUCUGGCCAGUUUAAGGUUCUUCGUGAUGGAUUUUGGUCCAAAGUCGACUUCCAAAAGGACGAAUCAGAACACGACCAAGGAGAGGAGUAUAAAGUUCCAUUGUCAAAUCCCUGGAUCCAGCGCUACCGGAACUCAAAAAUACAGACAACUAAAAGGUGUCCAUCUUCUGCUAAAGCUCCUUUAGCAACAACACACAAAAGCAACAUGUCACCUCCACGCGAAGAUUAUAAUGAGAUGACUGAUCAGAACUUCAACGAUGAAGCUGCUGCAGAAGAUAAUUCUGCCAAGAUAGACGAAAUGAACACAACGGGAAGCAAUGAUCAAGUUGUUCCCAACGACAAUACAAUUAGAGCUGGCAACGUUCUCGAAGGCCCACAAUCCACAUAAACCUCUCGAAGACUAGAAUGCUGAUGUAGUUUAGAUAAACCAAGAUCCCUAAUGCCAAAACCAGAGAUCCAGUAUUUUGAUUCUAACUCCAUGAAAGAAGAGUUGACAUGUGGAGAAUGAUAUCGUCGUCGUGUAAUCCUGCACAAGUUCUGUAAAUAAUUUUUGUAAGCUCUAGAAGAAGUGUGAGACUGCACCUAUCCCUUAGUUGGUUUAGAGGGAAAUAAUCCUCAAAGAAGUGACGAACUGGUCCCAGAUUUUUGUUCGUUAUUGUUAGAACUCCGAAUUUUUUCGUAUUGUUUUAUUGUAAGCUUCUUUCUCGGCCUUAGAUUGGUGUAAGAUAGUUGUAUUGAAGAAUUCAUUCAAAUCAAGUUGUGUGCAGUUGGACAUGUUAA